CUAUUCUGAUUCAGUCUGCGUUCUUAGCUUCAGUCUUCUUGUAUUCGUAAGCAAGGAGUCGGGGAAAUCAUAAGGAUUUGAACCCUAAUUUCUGGCAAAUCGGCAGAUUGAACAAUGUCGGGGGUCACGAACACGCAGCAGGAGGAAGACAAAAAGCCCAACGAUCAAUCGGCGCAUAUCAAUCUGAAGGUCAAAGGCCAGGAUGGGAACGAGGUGUUCUUCAGGAUUAAAAGGAGCACUCAGCUGAAGAAACUAAUGAAUGCUUACUGUGAUCGACAAUCUGUGGAUCUGAACUCCAUUGCUUUUCUAUUCGAUGGUCGUCGUCUUCGAGCAGAGCAAACCCCCGACGAGCUAGAGAUGGAGGAUGGGGAUGAGAUUGAUGCAAUGUUGCACCAGACGGGUGGAUCCAGUGGUUGAAGUCCGUGGGGUGUUGGAUAUGCUCCUUUAGUAUUAGUAUUUUAUGUGUGUCAUAAUUAUCUGCUUAAGCCAGCAGACUUCUAAUCCCUGAUGUCAAUAUAAUUAUUAUUAUCUUCUCGUAUCACUUGUUGUUACUUGGGUGGUUGUAUGGAUUGAAAGCUUCAGCAUGAAGCAUUAGUAGCACAUUUGGGAAGUUAAUUACAAUGUACCAACCUGUUUUUUCCUCCUCCACGUUGAAAA